AUGGAUGAAGUUGUAAUAAUUGUUGCGAUUAUACUAUGUCUUCUGCUUUCUGUUAUGGCAAUUAUUUUAUUCUUUUGUUUCUGGCAAAAACAAAAACAAACAAUACACAUUUCAAUCGUUGAACAAGCUGCUUGUAAGCAAUUGAAAAUUUUAGAUGAAGGAAAAGCUAAUCAAAAUAAUGAAGAAAAUGUCGAAAUAAUUAAUAACUUGCAUGAAAUGGAAAAUAGUCAAAAUAAUGAAGAAAAUGUUGAAAUAAUUAAUAACUUGCAUGAAAUAAGAAAUAGUCAAAAUAAUGAAGAAAAUGUUGAAAUAAUUAAUAAUUUGCAAGAAAUAGAAGAUAGUCAAAAAAAUGAAAAUAUCAAAAUUAUUAACCACAAUCAUGAAACAAAUUACAACACUGUAAACAAACAAAUGAAUUCAAAAGAAGCAAUGGUAACAACAAGUAGCAUUGCGGCUAACAACAAUCAAGAAAACAAAAAAUUAUCAGAACCUGAUGAAAUGAGGAUUGCGUACCAUGAAUGUGGACAUAUUAUUGUUAGUUGGUCUUUAAGAAACGCUGAUCCCCCCAAAAAGGUUACAAUAAUUGGUGAAGAUUGGAAGUUGGGAUGCACAACUUUCUCUGAACAUGAAAGCAAGUUUUGGAAAUUUGAGGAAAUGCUAGACAAAAUGGCCUCGUUAUUAGGCGGUUACGCUGUGGAAAAACUAUUGUUGGAUGGGUUGACUGAUGGAAGUACCAGUGACAUGGAACAAGCAACUGAAAUAGCAUACAAACUCGUAAUAAAAUUCGGAAUGGUUAAGGAGAUAGGGCCGAUCAGAAUAAAUUAUCAAGAUUGUUCGGAAUAUUUAAAAACUAAAAUCGACAUUGCGGCUAAAAAAUUACUAGAUGAUGCUUUGGAACAGGCCGAAAAAAUUGUCAGUGCAAAAAAAAGCGUUAUUAAAAAGUUAGCCGACCACUUGCUAAACGUCAAAACAAUUGAAGAAGAUGAAUUAAAACAAGUACUAGGCCCACGAGUAUUUUGGCCUGAGAAAGAAGAAACAGAUGAUGUAACAGCAACACAAAUGCAACAGCAAACUGGAGAAACUAAAGAAUAAAUACUAUAAU